ACAGUCGAUAUUCUUUGAAAAUUUGCCAUUUUUUCAAAAGGUUAGGCAUUUAGAAAUUUUCUCUAAACAAGUUUUUUUUUUAGCUGCAUUAAGUGUUUGAACUGUAAAGGUGGAAAAUCCCUGGUCUAAUUGCAGCGUUGCCAUAUUUACCAGCAGGGUUGUAAACUGCCUGCUGCAGCAGCGAAUAAUGCCCAGCAGAGGGCAGCAGAGCGGCAGUUACUGACUGCUGUCCGUGCAGAUGCCAGCUCAAAAAUAAUAAUUAAAAAAAUACGUAAAGGCUUUGCUUUCCAUAUUUAUGGAUCUAGUCUGAUAAUUGUCAGUCUGGUUCAUGUCACAGAGCGCAGACAACAUGAAGAAAGUGGAUCAUGUUCAUCACAUCGACUUUGAAAGUCUGCCUUUAGAGGAUAAACUGCAGAUGAAACAGCUCGACGUCCAGCAGGAUGCUGGCGCAAACCAAACAACUGGUAAGAACUGAGGACAACAUGAUUUUAGCUAAAGAUGAGGAGCAGCAGUUGGUGAUAAAAGAAACGGCUCCUGAAGAAAACCUAGAGAUAAAGAAAGAAGAGGAAGAACUCUGCCCUAAUGCUGAUGGAGAGCUGAUCAACGAGGAGGAGGAAGAGACAGUGGACAACAGGUUCCCCUUCACUGUUGUUACUGUGAAGAUUGAAGAUGAUCAAGAGAAACCUCAGUUAUCAGAUCUUCAUCACAUUAAAACUGAAGACAACAUGGAGACAGAGGCUCCAAGCAGCCGCUCAGCUGAACAGAUGCAACAAAGUCCAGCAGGACUUCAAGCGGGAUGGAAGGAGAUCUUGGGAAAACUGUGUUCGGAUGAGGACAAACAGAUGUUGGUGAUUAAAGAAGAAGUUCCUGUUCUGUCGAGAACCAGUUCGGACCAGAAGGACUCAGAGCUUAUCAAGAUAAAGAAGGAAGAGAAGGAACUGUGGAUCAGUCAGGAGGAAGAGCAGCUUACUGUGAAGAAUGAAGAUGAAGAGAAACUUCGGUUAUCAGCGCUUCAGCAAAUUAAAGCUGAAGACAACAGAGAAGCUGAAACUUUAACCAGCAGUUCAGCUGAACAUAUAGAAACAGAACCUGAUGGAGAGGAUGGUGGAGGACCAGAACCUUAUGGGGCUUUUGACAGUAUUUAUAGAAAAACAUUAAAUAAUGAGACUGCUGUUAAAUUACACACAAUGACUCACACUGGAAACAGAGAACAUGGCUCUGAUCUUUGUGGUAAAGAAUUUAAAGAAAAGGGUUACCAUCAGACACAUACGCAAUUUCCAACUGGAGAGAGAAUAUUUGCCUGUGAUGUUUGUGGCACGAGGUUUCAAAGACGUGAAACUCUUAAAAACCACAUGAGGAUCCACCCCACAGAGAGACAGUUUAUCUGCAGUGUUUGUAGCAAAGCGUUUUCAAGACAAGAUCAUCUAAAGAGUCACAUGCGUGUUCACACCGGAGAGAAACCGUUUAGUUGUAGUUUUUGCAGUAAAGGAUUUUCACAACAAAUUCACCUGAAGAGUCACAUGCGAGUUCACACGGGAGAGAAACCGUUCAUUUGUAGUUUUUGUAACAAAGGAUUUUCACGACAGGAUCUUCUAAAGAGUCACAUGCGAGUUCACACGGGAGAGAAACCGUUCGUCUGCAGUGUUUGCAGCAAAGGAUUUUCACAACAGAAUCACUUGAAAAACCACAUGGGUUUUCACACGACAUCGUUUAGCUGUAACGACUGUGGCAAACGUUUUAUGAAGGAGGACCAGUUAAAACGACAUGUGAGGCUUCACACAGAAGGGAGACCGUUUGGUUGUGAUGUCUGUAAAAGCAGGUUUUAUAAAAGGUAUCAUCUUGAAAAUCAUAUGAGGAUCCAUUCGGGAGAGAAGCCGUUUGUGUGUGGAGUUUGCAGUAAAGCGUUUUCACGAGAUGGAGAUCUGAAGCGUCACAUGGGUGCCCACGAGGGCUGUAACUAAUGAGUCAAUAAAUCUGUGUUUUCUGAUUAUUCUACCACUAUUUUAACCCAUCUCUGAUCUUUUUCCGUGCAGUUUUUGUUCCCAGCAUGUUUCACUGAUCAUUGUCAAGUUGACACUGCAGGUCAUGGGGCACCACGCACUCCCUCCUCCCUUACCUGUUGCUGUGUGGUUCCUCCAUCCACUAAUUUCAAGAGACUCGGUCAGAUGUUUUGAAAUCAUCCUGUGGAAAGGGAAGGGAACCCCACACAUUAUUUCUAUCAAUGUAGUGAAGUUUGGAAAUGGUCAUAAAGCUAUGAGCAGCGUUUAUUGGAGGACUCCCAGAGUUUCUCUAUGAAGCUCUAAACAGAGAAGAAAAACUUAUUCUGCAGAAUAACCAGGUUGACCUAAAAACUACGACUAAAUUAAACAGAUUUUACUCUUGCAGUGUAACUUGACCCUUUUACUACUGCAUACAUCUUUUUACGAACAUCACAUCUUUAAAAAUAACACGCUUAUUCUCUGUGUUUUUAGGUGUCACUUUAAAUUUCAUCAUACUGCUUGAAACUAAACAAGUUUUUUGCACUUAAAAUUUCUAACAUCUUUAACAAAAAGAAGCUGCAGAGCUUUCUGAUCAACGUCUCCAACAGUUUCCUCUCAACUGUUGACCAACAUCUGGUCCAGCAGACCAUGCGAGACAAAGAAAUCUGCUGAAAUUGAAGUUUCUUGCAAUAAAAAUAAUCAACAAUUAA